UCUUUGGUGGCCAUAAUGUUUUUAGUGCGCGAGGUGCCGUUUUCAAUUUUGUUAUAAAAAACGCCGUCGUUCUGCUUAUACGAUCCGUCGAAUUUGUGUACCUCGAAAUUGACUCGACAUUCCGGUUAACAACAUGGGCGAAGAGAAAGAACGGGAACGUAGUAAGGAAAGGGACAGGGGACGGAGGCGUUCGAGGUCCAGGGAGCACCGCAGGCGCCCGUCCCGAUCCCGGAGCAGGGAGCGCAGAAAGAGGAGCCGUUCCGCUUCUCCGAGGUAUAAAAACAGCCACUCACGGAGAAGAAAGCCGUCCCUGUAUUGGGACGUGCCUCCGCCGGGGUUCGAACAUAUCACACCGUUGCAGUACAAGGCAAUGCAGGCGGCGGGCCAAAUUCCAGCCAAUAUCGUGGCGGACACCCCACAAGCGGCCGUUCCUGUGGUUGGCUCGACUAUAACCAGACAAGCUAGAAGAAUAUACGUGGGCAACAUACCGUUCGGAGUGACGGAGGAGGAAAUGAUGGAGUAUUUCAACCAGCAGAUGCAUUUGAGCGGGCUGGCCCAGGCGGCGGGCAAUCCGGUGCUCGCGUGCCAGAUUAACCUGGACAAGAAUUUUGCCUUUUUAGAGUUUAGGUCGAUUGACGAGACGUCCCAAGCUAUGGCGUUCGACGGCAUCAAUUUCAAGGGUCAGAGUUUGAAGAUCCGUCGUCCGCACGACUACCAACCGAUGCCGGGCAUGACCGAGAGUUCCAUUGCCGUGCCCGCGGGGGUCAUCAGUACCGUCGUACCCGACUCGCCUCAUAAAAUAUUUAUCGGUGGUUUACCAAAUUAUCUCAACGAGGAUCAGGUCAAGGAGCUGCUAAUGUCCUUCGGGCAGCUGAAAGCGUUCAACCUCGUCAAGGACACCGCAUUCGGUUUGAGCAAAGGGUACGCGUUCGCAGAGUACGUCGACAUAUCGAUGACAGAUCAGGCUAUCGCCGGCCUGAAUGGUAUGCAAUUGGGCGACAAACGGUUGAUAGUACAGCGGGCGAGUAUCGGCGCUAAAAACACAACGGUACUACCGGCGGUACAGAUCCAGGUGCCCGGUUUGAGUUUGGUCGGUACUUCCGGCCCGGCCACCGAGGUACUGUGCCUCCUGAACAUGGUGACUCCCGACGACCUCAAAGACGAGGAAGAAUACGAAGAUAUCCUCGAGGAUAUCAAGGAGGAGUGCAACAAGUACGGGGUGGUACGCAGUAUCGAGAUACCCCGGCCCAUAGACGGGGUGGAGGUGCCGGGAUGCGGCAAAGUCUUUGUCGAGUUUAAUUCCGUUCUCGAUUGCCAAAAGGCGCAACAGACGUUGACCGGAAGAAAGUUUAGUAACAGGGUGGUCGUCACGUCGUACUUCGACCCCGACAAGUACCACCGCAGGGAAUUUUAAUCGUUCCCUUCGCCACCCCGUUAGGCUUACGUUUUAACUUUCAUUAAUUUUUGAUUUGACCGAUGUCUUAGUUGUAAUUACAGGUUAAUUUGUAUCAUAUUCCGUUUCUAGACGCUGUCCCGCUAAUAAAGUAUUUGUCUUGAAA